UCAUCAAAAUUAUAUUCCAUUAACAUGUACAAAAAUGUUAUGAAGAAUCACCUAUUGAGGAGUAAGCGAAAUAGCCAUGUUGCAAAGUUCAAAGACAAAGGUUUGGAACAUGAGGGCCUUAUGGACCGUGUCUUUCACGAUGUUACGACCAUGGGAAAUGAAGCUAUCUUUCCUGGUGAGGGGAUUGAAGAAAUUGCGGAGAGAUCCGGUGAAUCGGAUGGAAUGCGAGGUCAUGGUGGGUCGUUCCCACAAUCCCAAGAGCAGUACCAAACUCCGGUCGGCAAGGGUAAAGAUCCAAUAGGCCAAACCUCAAUAGUGGGCGGGUCGUAUUCCUUGCGGAAGCGUAAGUUUAGCGAUGCCCAGGAGGCAAUGUCCGCAUCCUUUGCCGAAUCAAUUGACUAUUUCAAGUCCACCCCAAGUAUAGUCAUUAAUCGAUCUGGAACAUGGGGCAUCGAUAACGCAAUACAAAAACUGGACACAUUCCCUUCCCUUUUUUGAAGUAGAGGGUCAAAAUGUUGAAUUUCACAGCUGAGCUUCUUGUCUUUUUGAGAGACAACAACAUAAAAUAGAUAUUUUCUGCGAGCAGAAAAAUUUGACCAAUGCUAUUCAAUGGCUCUGUGAUGAGCACAGCUUGGCGGAGGAGAGGUAUUACAUGACUCCCCUGAAUCAACACAGAGGCCUUCAACCUCCCCCAUUCCCUCAUGUUUCGGACAAU